AUGACUACAGAAUCGGGAUCGGACUCUGAGUCCAAGGAUAAAGAGCAGGAUCAGCAGGAGAGCCCUGCACAGCAAGGGGCGGCGGAGACCCAGCCGCAGGACCAGCAGCCGCAGCAGCAGCUUGGCGAAGAGCAGCAAACCGCGCUCGAGCAGUUCUCGGCUGUGGCAGCCCACAGCACGCCGGUGAAAAAGGAGCAGGCCACAGACAAAGAACAGGAGUUUGCUGCUGCGAGUGCAAAACAGCUGGAAUACCAGCAGCUAGAGGACGACAAGCUCUCUCAGAAGUCAUCGUCUAGCAAACUUUCUAAGUCUCCUCUAAAGAUCGUCAAGAAACCGAAAAAUAUGCAGUGCAAAGUGACACUCCUGGAUGGAUCGGAAUAUGCAUGUGAAGUAGAGAAACGUUCCAGAGGUCAAGUGCUAUUCGACAAAGUGUGCGAACAUCUGAACCUUUUGGAAAAAGACUACUUUGGGCUAACAUACAGAGACACGGAAAACCAAAAGAAUUGGUUGGACCCUGCCAAGGAAAUCAAGAAACAGAUCCGAAGUGGUGCUUGGCAGUUUGCAUUUAAUGUGAAAUUCUACCCUCCAGACCCUGCCCAGCUAUCUGAAGAUAUUACCAGGUACUACCUCUGCUUGCAGCUGAGAGAUGACAUUGUCUCGGGUCGGCUGCCCUGCUCAUUCGUUACACUGGCCCUGCUGGGCUCCUACACCGUGCAGUCGGAGCUCGGCGACUACGACCCCGACGAGUACGGCAGUGACUACGUCAGCGAAUUUCGCUUUGCACCGAAUCACACUAAAGAGCUGGAGGAUAAAGUGAUCGAGCUGCAUAAGAGCCACAG